UUCCACCCACGCAUUUAUUCCAUACUCAAUUGCGAAGAGGUCGUUAACACGCUAUGCAAAUUGCAAUUCGGCAAAUCUUUACGUCAUAAUUGGUGUGUUUUCAUUAUUCAAACACCUACGUCAGAUAAGAAAUAAACAAACUUUUGAUGUGCAUAUGUUAAAGAAGAGCACGACUAUUAACAUAUAUUUGGGAAUAAAUGCUACUGCAAUGUGCAGUAGCAAUUAUGUUUAUUAUUAUAAACCGAUAAGAAGGACUGAUGUAAGGACUGUAUAUUUUGAAUUGGGCAAGAAAAGAAGCAAAAGAAGCAAGAAAAGAAGCAGAUAAAGCCGUUUGUAAGCAAAAUAGGCGCAACGCACUACUACAAUAUUCUACUACUAAAUGAAAAGGAGACUACAUUUUUUUGACGUUCAUCAACGAAAUUCCAGUUUGAUUUCAUCUACUGUGCGGUUUGGUCGUGUUUGGACGCUCCGUUGUGCGCUGUUGUUGUUUCGAAUAAAUUUGAACUGAAAUUUUUAUAUUUAAAAUUAUUUUUAAAAACAUUACGAUAAAGACAAAUAUAAAUACAAAGGAAUUAAACAAUUUCGAUAGAAUAUUUUAAACAUUUAAUAAAUAAUUUUCGCAAUUGCGUUGUUUAUGAACUGCUAAUGUUAACUAAAAAAUAAAUAAAAAUUAUAUGUUAUUGGUGCCUUAAGUAUUUAUUUGCUUUUGUAACUGUAAUAACUGUUUUAAGUGUAACGGUUUCCGAUAUUUUGUAGUGUGCAAAUAGGGCUUUAUUUUGUAUUUUUUAACCGACGAAAGGUUCAAGAAGUGUAUAAAUAUUUAACAUAAAUUUUAUUAAAAUAUAAUUUUAUUAAAAUUUAAUAUAAUAUAGUACAAUAGCAAUAUAGUAGAAACUAGUAUUGCUUAAGAACAUAUUUACCGGUGGCAUUUUGACGCGCUUUCAGUUGAAAUUAAGAUAUUUAAAUAAAUAUUUAAAAAAACUGGAAAUAUGCGCACAAUACGUACAAUAUUGAAAUAGAUCUUUUAAAAUAAAUUUGAGAAUAUGGUACUUAAGGACUCUCACAUUUGUGAGAAUCUUACGAUGGAUAAUCAUAGGAAUGCUAUAGCUACUACAACAGCACCAGCAGGUACUGGUCAAAUUGCGGGCAGUAGAACACACAAGCGGCGAUUAACACUUUCACUCAACACAGUAGUUCUGCUAGGUGCGUUUUUUAUAUGUUCAUUAGUUGCUGUCAGCUUCAUUAUCUACAACUUCGCUACUUGUAACGAACUAAGCUCUUUAUCAGAUGAAAAUAUUGUGUGUUCACCAGUGCGCCUAACGCACCCUUCGAAAUCUGGCCAAAAUAACAGCAUCGAUACUUUGGAUGAGACACCUCAUUACGAAAAAGACGUACGCCUUCCACGUUCUAUUAAGCCGCUUCGCUACAAUAUCUCAUUAACGCCUUAUCUGCAUAAUGAAAAUUUUACUUUCGAAGGUGAAGUGAAAAUUAGUUUCCUAGUUGAAACCGCUGAUUGCUACAACAUAACUAUGCACGCAGCAGAAUUAAAUAUUUCAAAGAGUGGAGUUGAGGUGCGACGUGCUAAGAUAAAAGACAUCCAAUCACCUGCACCGGAAGCUCAGUUGCGUAUAAGAAAACAAUAUCUAAUCGAGGCUAAACAGUUUUUCGUUAUUGAAUUAUAUGACAAACUAAAACGAGACACCGAAUAUGAAAUCAAUAUUAAGUUUAAUGGGCUUCUCAAAGACUACCUACAAGGCUUUUAUCGCAGUUCCUAUAAAGUUGGGAACCAAACCAGAUGGUUAGCAUCUACACAAUUCCAGGCCACUGAUGCAAGAAGAGCUUUCCCUUGUUUUGAUGAACCGGCACUCAAAGCGAACUUCACUCUAAAUAUUGCCAGACCUGUAACAAUGUCAACUAUUUCAAAUAUGCCUAUUGUAGUUACAAAACCACACGAGAGUUUGCCUAAUUAUGUUUGGGAUCACUUUGCUGAGUCACUACCAAUGUCCACAUAUUUGGUUGCCUAUGCUAUAACAGACUUUAGCGUUCUUUCGGAUGGAAAUUUUUCUGUAUGGGCGCGUACGAAUGCAAUAAACUCAGCCCGUUAUGCUCUGAAGGUUGGACCGAAAAUAUUAAAGUUUUUGGAACAGUUUUUUGAUAUUGAUUUUCCGCUUCCAAAAAUGGAUAUGAUAGCAUUGCCAGAUUUUCAAGCAGGUGCAAUGGAAAAUUGGGGCUUAAUAACCUAUAGAGAAACAACAAUGCUUUUUGAAGAAGGAAUAUCAGCAACAACCAAUAAACAACGCAUUGCUGCUGUGAUUGGGCACGAAUUAGCACAUCAAUGGUUUGGGAACUUAGUCACUCCUCGAUGGUGGUCCGAUAUUUGGUUAAACGAAGGUUUCGCCAGUUAUAUGGAAUAUUUAACUGUAGAUGCAAUCGAACCUGAAUGGAAAACGCUUGAUCAAUUUGUAGUUAAUGAGCUUCAAAAUGUAUUUCAAUUGGAUGCUUUGUCUACGUCACACAAAAUAUCUAUAGAAGUAUGUAAUCCAGAUGAAAUAAAUGAGAUAUUUGAUCGAAUUUCAUAUGCGAAAGGCUCCACAAUUAUACGUAUGAUGAAUCAUUUCCUUACAACAAAGGUCUUUCGUCAGGGUUUAAGCAACUACCUAAAGAAAAUCGCCUACAGUUCCGCAGAACAGAAUGAUCUUUGGCAUUUUCUAACAAUGGAAGCAACUAAACAUAAUCUUUUAGAUAAAAAUACUACUGUCAAAGAAAUUAUGGAUACAUGGACCUUGCAAAUGGGCUACCCCGUAUUACAAAUAUCUCGACAUCCAAAUACAAACGUUGUUCGCUUAGAACAACAAAGAUUUGUUUUUGUCAACAAAACGAAAAGUAAUAACUCAAAUAUUACUGAACCACUCUGGUGGAUUCCAAUAUCUUUCACAACCUCGACAGAAUUGAAUUUUGAGAGUACACGUCCUGUGACAUGGGUGCCACGUACAAAAACAUAUGAAAUAGAGAAUCGAAAUCUUUCAACUGCUGAAUGGUUUAUAUUCAACAUACAGCAGACUGGUUACUAUCGUGCCAACUAUGAUUUAGAAAACUGGCGUGCUAUUACAAAUCAUUUAAUGAAACAGACACAUUAUGCCGAAAUAUCUGCCCCCAAUAGAGCUCAACUCAUAGAUGACGCUAUGAAUUUAGCACGUGGUGGAUAUUUAUCAUAUGCAAUUGCUCUGAAUCUAUCUCGAUAUUUGAUUCACGAAACAGAGCAUGUGCCAUGGAAGGCCGCAAUCACUGCAUUUAAUUUUAUUGAUACAAUGUUUGUUAAUCAGGGUGAUUAUGAUUUACUUAAGAAUUACUUACUAAAACUAAUAGACACUGUGUACCAGGACGUGGGCUUCGAUGACAAUGUGAAUAAUGAGCACGAUAUGCUAAGAACCUUUAAACGUAUUGAAAUCUUAAAUAUGGCAUGCCACUUAGGACAUCGGGGCUGUAUAUCAGACAGUAGUCGUUUAUUUCAAAAUUGGUUACAGGAACCGAAUCCGGAUGUAAAUAAUCCCAUAUCUCCCAAUUUACGGGGUAUUGUUUACUGUUCAGCUAUUCAAUAUGGAACUGAAACCGAAUGGGAUUUUGCUUUUGAACGCUAUUUAAAAACUUCUGUUUCCACGGAAAAAGAGCUUUUGCUAAUUGCUUUAGGAUGUUCAAAGGAGCCAUGGAUUCUUUUUAGGUAUCUACGGCAUUCUCUAACAGGAGACAAAAUACGAAAACAAGACGUUUACAGGGUAUUUGUAGCCGUGUCAAACAAUGUCGUUGGUCAGCAAAUUGCAUUCGAUUUUAUACGCAAUAAUUGGCAAGAAAUCAAAGCUUACUUGGGAACUUCUAUAUCCAACUUGAACACAAUUCUUAAAUUUGCAACUAAACGAAUGAACUCCAAAUUUUUAUUGAAUGAAUUGGAGUCGUUUGUUAGAAACGAUCUGAAAGACAAUGGUCGAUCAAUAAAGCAAAUAGUUGAACAGGUGCAUAUUAAUGUAGAUUGGAUGAACCGAAAUUACAACACCAUCGUACAAUGGCUGAAGAAUGAAGCUAAUAAAGACUAGCUAAAAUAUCAAAGAUAACAUCAUUAAUCCGUGCCGCUAAUGUUAAUCAAGAAUUCUUUAUUUUAAAUAUUAAUACUUUCUAAUCAAUUAAAUAAUUUUUAAGUUUUGGAAAAAGUUUUAUACUAAUUCACAUAUCAAUAUUAAGCACAUCAAUCCAGUACAACUUCAGCAAGGAAAAUAAUAUAAUCCAAUAUUAAAUUAAUAUAAGGUAGUCGAUGGUGAGGGCAAACAAUUCUAAUAUUUUUAUGCAGCCAUAGAGAAGUUGUAUCUUGAAUCUAAUAUACUGUUUGCCGUAAUAAUUACAUGUUAUAGUUUUAUAAAUAUAUAUAGUUAAGUAUGAAAAAUGUUUUUUUCAAAUACUUUAUUCUUUACUUUGUCUUUACACAUCAAUAUACUUUAUUUAUUUACUUAGUUACAUAUAAAAAAAAUUUAGUUUAACAU